AUGGAUGGGCUCAGUCGGAUUUUCUGGUUCGGUUUCUGGAUCAGCGACAGCAGUAUAAAGACUCGGGGUCCCAAGGUGUCUGCCCGGCAAGCCGGGUAUGUGAUUGUUGUGGAGAGGAUCAGGAACAGGCACAAGAGGCAAGAUCGAGGACUGGGGAGGAAGCGUUGA